UCUUCGAACUCUCAGACUGGUUGCGUAACCUGGUGGUGGAACGGGACAACAACACGUCGCAAUAUCGAUGUUAUCAACCCAAAAAAACGAAACAAUACAAACCCUGCAAAUAGAAACGACAUACUGAACACUGGUGUACUUAAACUACAUUUACAAUAAUUGUUGUUAAAUGAAAGAAUAUACUGUAUCUCCUGCCUGUGCAAUUUCAUAUCGAGGAAGCGGGGCCUGGUACUAGACGAGCGAAGUUGUUGCCGCCUCGGGCUCGAGUGGAAGUUAUAAUCGGUCUCCCAAGCAUCUGCUUCUGUGGAGGCUGUCAGCGGGGCCUGGGCUCUCAGAGCCGGCCCUGUGAAUGAGGAAGUGGCACGAUAGAUCCGCAGGUAGAAAAGAGACUGCUGAUGGGAGAAACCUCUUUUCCUUAAGCCUGGGUCAGUCAGCCUGCUGCCAUUAUGGAUGAGCAGCAAGCGUUGAACUCGAUCAUGCAGGAUCUGGCUGAGUUGCACAAGGCCAGCCGCCCCGCUAUGUCUCUGCCUGACAUUGGAAAGGCCUCCUCUCCCAAAAACCAGAAUGAUGUCAGAGUGAAGUUUGAGUAUAAACGUGAAAAGAGAAUUCUGCAGUUUCACCGCCCUGUGAAACUAGAGGACCUCUUUUCAAAGGCUAAGGUGGCUUUUGGUCAAUCAAUGGACCUACAUUAUACAAACAAUGAGCUUGUGAUACCCCUGACCACACAGGAUGACCUGGAUAAAGCAGUGGAGCUGCUGGACCGCAGUGUUCACAUGAAGAGUCUGAAGAUACUUCUAGUGUUGCAAGGAAACAAUCAGGUUUCAACCAAUAAUAUGGAAUUGGAUGACUUGGAUAAUACAGUGUUUAGAAGCACCGAGAAGAAAAAACCCCAUCCUUUAAUAGGUACUCACUCCACAGACCGCAGCUCUCCCCCUCCAGGGUACGUACCAGACGCCCAGCAGCAAGUAGCCCACAACGGAUCCUUCACCAGCAUCAAUAGCGAAGGGGAGUUUAUUCCAGAAAGCAUGGACCAGAUGUUGGAUCCUCUGUCAAUGAGCAGCCCUGAAAACUCAGCAUCAGGAAGCUGCCCUUCACUAGACAGUCCCUUGGACAGUGAGAGCUACCCCAAAUCUCGGAUGCCCAGGGCCCAGAGCUAUCCCGAUAACCAUCAAGAAUUCUCAGAGUAUGAAAUUCCUGUAUUUGAGAAGUUUGGAAAAGGUGGGACAUACCCUCGCCGAUACCAUAUCUCAUUCCAUCACCAGGAUUACAGUGACGGCCGCAAGACGUUCCCUCGUGCUCGCCGGACCCAGGGAAACAGUUUUCGUUCACCAGUGAGUUUCAGCCCUACAGACCACUCGCUCAGCACCAGCAGUGGGAGCAGCAUCUUCAGCCCAGAGUUUGAGGAGAGUCGGAGCAGGAGGAGGGGUAGCGACAUUGAAUGCAACCCCACUCUCACUGUCAUGGAUAUCAGCCCACCCAGCCGCUCUCCAAGAGCUCCCACCAAUUGGCGUCUGGGGAAACUGCUUGGCCAAGGAGCCUUUGGGAGAGUGUACUUGUGCUAUGAUGCCGACACUGGUAGGGAGCUGGCAGUGAAACAGGUGCAGUUUGAUCCCGAUAGCCCAGAAACCAGCAAGGAGGUGAGCGCCUUGGAAUGUGAGAUCCAGCUGCUGAAGAACCUGUUCCAUGAGAGAAUCGUUCAGUACUACGGUUGUUUGAGGGACACUCAGGAAAGGACCCUCUCCAUUUUCAUGGAGUACAUGCCAGGGGGAUCUAUAAAGGACCAGUUGAAGGCCUAUGGUGCACUUACAGAAAAUGUGACCCGGAAAUAUACACGACAGAUCCUGGAGGGUGUGUCUUAUCUACACAGCAACAUGAUUGUACAUCGGGAUAUCAAAGGAGCGAAUAUCCUGCGGGACUCUGCAGGAAACGUCAAGCUAGGUGAUUUUGGAGCUAGCCGGCGGCUCCAGACCAUCUGCCUAACUGGAACGGGGAUAAAAUCAGUCACUGGCACCCCCUACUGGAUGAGCCCCGAAGUGAUCAGUGGAGAGGGCUACGGGAGGAAGGCAGACAUCUGGAGUGUGGGCUGCACCGUGGUAGAGAUGCUGACACAGAGACCUCCUUGGGCAGAGUUUGAAGCCAUGGCUGCUAUCUUUAAAAUAGCCACCCAGCCAACCAACCCACAGCUGCCACCCCAUGUCUCGGAUCACUGCCGAGACUUCCUCAAACACAUUUUUGUGGAGGCAAAGCUGCGUCCGUCUGCUGAAGACCUGCUGCGGCACACCUUUGUGCACUAGAACCCCCCUCCCCCACCCUCCCCACCCUCUGUCUCUUGCUUUCGACAGCACUUUUCUAAUACAUAGUGUUGGGUGAGCUUGCAUGGAUUUAAUGCUAAAAACUGUUGAAAACUAGAUAUUUGCAAGACUAGCUUUCUUUCAGGAUACAGUAAGAAGAAAUGGUCUUCACUCUCAAAUAGCCUGUUUUGAUUGCAUCGGUUAGUAUAUUAUCUAACUACUCUGAUUAAUGUAAUUAGACAGCCUCCUCUUGAUGUUGACAUCACUUGAUUAUGAGUAUUUAAAAAGAUGCUAAUGUGCAGCAGCGAAAAAUAUUAACAGUUAAAAGCAUAGUAACAAUUUAUUUAAAUGUGAUGUUGCAACUUACAUUUGUAGAUAGUCCCUGCAUUCUGUAUGUGUUAAGCCAGUGGAUUCUGCUGUUUUCACUCAUAGUGACCAGUAGCUCUGGCAAUGCCAGUUGGUUAUUAGGCCAGCUCCUGUGUAUUAGAAGAUCAGAUUAUAUUCGGCAUCAGUAAAUGACAGAAGAGGCCACAGCCUGGCUAUGAUCUGAAGAUGGUAUAUACCUUUCAGUAUAUAUUUAUUAGUUUGCACAUUGACUUACAAUGCAUUCACCAUAAAGCUGUGGUGGAAAUGGUAAUGAUUUAAUUGGAUAUGUUGAGAUAUUUUUACCAAAAAGUAUAUAUUAAUUAUAUACUGUAGUAAACUGUAUAUAUAUAUAUAAUAUGAAUUCAUAAUGAGUUUUUGGAAACAUUUUUUAUGUUAGUGUUUUUAAUUCACUAAAGUUUUGUUUUAUUAAAAUAAAUAUUUUUAUUAUUUACAAUUUGAGUUUUCAGUUAGUAGAAAUAAUGUGAUUUGAUAGUGGAAUGUGUUAAGCACAUUUUGAUGUGCAAAAAUGGAUAGUAAACGUAAGGAAAUGUUUGUCUUUCAAGAAGACAUUCUUUUUAUUUUUUUACAAUAGAACAUAUAGCAUGUCAAGUUACUUAAAGGAAACAAUAAAACAUUUGUGGUACAAAUGCUGAGCAGAGUUAAAUAGCUAGAAGUAAUUUGAGAGUGGUUUUGAGAUUCUGUUUCUUCCUCAAUAGUGUAAUAAAGCUAGUGUUGUAAAUAUAUAUUUUUUAUUUCAAACCUUGCCCAUUUCUAAUAACACUUGUUUGACUUGACUCUAGGUCUGUCCUAGGUUGCAAUUUAUUAUCCUGGAGUUUUAUAUUUAGAGAAGAAAAGUGUAGUAUUUUUGUUUCCAAAUUGGAAUAUUCUGAAACUUUUGCAGAGUUCACCUUAUAAUCCCGCAGACUGAAAGCACUUUAUGCAUGCAUUGUCCUUGUUUUUUAAGGAGCGGUUUAACAGUUGUAUGCCACGUUUUCAUCUGCAGUGUAAUUUGCUGCCCUGUCCUAUAUUACACUUUUGCCAGGACCCUUUUCCAUCUGCACAGAGUAUGAUAUUCUGGCAUGUAAAGAGAGGGCAGAAAAUGCAUGCAUGUAUAGUUUUAAUUUCCCAACUUCAAUGCCUUCAAUUAGCAUAAUCAAUAAAUGCCCCGACCAUGUGUUGGCUUAACUCCUGUUGGGAAAAAUGACUGCAGGUGGAAACAUACAAAUUCAGGUUCAGCUCAGGACAAACUCAAGUAUGAUAUCUAGUGAAUACAAGGCAUUAGUAGUAUGAAUUAUGGAUCUGUGGAUUAAAAUAAAGCCAACUGUUUACAAUUUUACAAAACUUUCAAUUAAGAUGGGAGGGCAGAUUUAAUGCCAGUGUUGUAGACAUAAAGCCUGUUAGUUGCAUGCUCCACUUUUUUAAUUAAGAAGUUUGCUUCCAGUUCAUAGUUUAGGGCAAGUCCACAUUUGUCAUUUUCAUUUGAAUUUCAAAUACAUUAAGUGCUCUUUGCAAGGUUCAAGUUUUACAUCAGCUGGAAUUUAACCAACUUAUAGGUGAAACGUGUCCCGGUCCAUGGCAGGUUCCCACUGUUGCCCUUGAUUGUAAAGAUUUUUGUUGUUAUUGUUGCUUCAAGUACAACACAAUAUUUGGUAUUGAUUCAAGAAGUUUUGAAUAUUUACUGCUGUGGAUUAAAAUCAAGAAAUCUGUCAGAUCAGAAUUUCCUUUUCUGCAGGUUAACCAGCGGUAAAGGACUGACAGCGAGUUCAGUCCUUUUCAUUCUUAGUUUCAGUGCUGGAGUACAUUUCCAUGAACUCCAACUUGAGCAUUGAAAUCUGUACAUUCUGGAUAAAAUAUUUCUCACGAUUUUCCUCAAAUGUACAUGGGAACACUUGCCUCCAGUGCACUAAUCUUGUAUUUUACUGAGUACUAAAAUAAUGCCAAUUAGACAUAAGAUUUUUUUUUUUUUAUCCCUAAUAUUACAUGUCUAAAUAGUUUAUUUUGUUAGGAACUAAGUGCUAAUUACACUCAAUCACAUCUCCUAUUGGAGAGGAUUUUGAAUGGAUCAAAAACAUAUAUAUCAAAAAACCUUAGCGCGUAGUUUUACAGAUAUAGUGGUACAUCUUUUUUUUUUUCUUUUUUGUAAAUUGAGUGUAUCAAGGGGUACAUUGUACAUUUUUUUCUUAUAUAUAGCUUUUAAUUCUAUAUUUGAUCUAAUGGUUACUAUCUGUAAAUGUAUUUUUACCUUCACCGUUGAUUGCUGAGUGUAGUGUGUAUGUAUGUACAGAUUUUUUUUCUAUUACUGUCGAUCUUUUUGCACAUUUUUUGAAAACUGUAUAAUUUGUACACUGAUGUAAUACUCAAUGGCAAAUUGAUGCUGGGUGUACGAAAUCUGGGUUAAUGUGCGCACUUUACUACUGUCUGUACUUCUGUGUCUUUUGGGGUUUUUAAGAUACCUUGGCGUCAGUAGCUUCAUAGUCUUUGGCCUUUUGUACUGCAGCUCUGCAUACAGGUACUUUAAAUACAGGAAGGUACACUUUUUUUCUAUGCCAGUGCAGAUUUGAACGCUGUGGAUAUUAGCGGUUUGUUAAAAUUGAUGAAUAUAAUUUGAAAAGAUUGGAUAUAAUAGCUAGAAGGAUUAAUCAAACCUUCAACUUAGACGUUGGCGGUACCCAAAGCUAGUCCACAAAUCAUCCCUUCAGAGUGGUUUUAUCCUGCAGUACAUGAUAGAAAAAUAAUUCUUCAGCAUUUAACCUCUCUAGCACAAGAGAGUCACGGGAGGGACAGGUAAAUGUUCAAAUUAACCAUAUUAGUUUUGAACCGCUUCAGUCGACAGCAGGAGAUUCUAGUCCAAAGUUGAAUCAAUUUGUAUUAAUUUUUGUUUCACAUGUUGCCCAGAAUUUGGCACAUGUACCCCAAAUGCAAGAGGAUAACUACUUCAAACCCUGUCGGUGUAUUAUCUGCAAAUACUCCCAAAAUAAUGCAAAAGGACACAGGGUUGUUUCAGGUGCCUUUGAUCACAUAGGAUAUAUUAGCAAGGUCCUGUCUCCCUGCUAGUGUAAUAGAUCCCUCUGCCUUUCCUAAAGCCCAGGCAUGUUUACCCUCUCCAGGGUAGGGAUAGGGCCUCUUGCUUGGGUGUUUAAGGGAUUUUCUUGUGUAACUAUCUCAAGCUAGCUACGCCUUUGACUGUGGGCUGCUGACCCCAAGUAUUGAAUGCACUGUUGAAUGUCUUUGAUGACUGUGUACUGUAUUUCAUUUAGGAGAGCUGGUAUACUCCACACCUUAGAACGCCGUUGUUAGUUAAAGGUUUACACUCUUCAUGCACAUUUUGACUGUAUAACAAAAAAAGGAUGUACAAAUGUAUAAAUUUAAAAAGGUACUUUUUUUUAAUUACACUUCCUCGUACAAUUGCUUAUAUAUAUCUUUUUUUGUUCUCUGUAUCUAUUGUAUAAGAAGCCAUGUUUAUAUUUGGUUUGUGACCAAUAAGCUUGUUUAUAUGAAAUCUGUAUAUCAGUGGUACGCAUCAUCUUUUGUAUUUUUUUUUAAAAGACUGAUUUUAUGCAUGACGAUAUCUGUAAGAUUUAGUACACACGUUGAAGGAACAGAAUUGUUGCUGUUCUGAUAAGCCCCCAUGUGGAAACUAAUGGAUUAAGUGCAAAGGGAACCGCUUUACACAAAGUAGCCGGUCUGGACUGGUGAAGAUCUGUGAUAGCCGGCACUUUGCAGAGUGUUAAUAAAGAUAAAUAUUUAUUUCA